AGACAACAUGGAAUAGCAUCACAGCCGGCGCACCAUGCCCUCUCCCAACAACACCGACCUCAGCCCUUCCUCCUUCGUCUUGGCCGGCACGCCCGGGCUGGAAGCUGCCCGUUUCUGGCUGGCGUUCCCUCUGUGCUCCAUGUACCUCAUGGCCAUUGUAGGCAACGGCGCGGUGGUGUUCAUUGUAAAGACGGAGCUGAGCCUCCAUGCCCCCAUGUACAUCUUCCUGUGUAUGCUGGCCUCCAUCGACCUGGCGCUGUCCACCUGCACCGUGCCCAGAAUGCUCUCCCUCCUGUGGUUUGACUGGAGGGAAAUCAGCUUCGGCGCCUGCCUGCUCCAGAUGUUCCUCAUCCACUCCCUGUCCGCUGUCGAGUCCACCGUCCUGCUGGCCAUGGCCUGGGAUCGGUACAUGGCCAUAUGCCACCCUCUGCAGCACGCGACCAUCCUCACCAAUCCGGAGAUGGCGAAGAUAGGCCUGGCUGCUGUGGCUAGGGGGGUGAUGUUUUUCCUCCCUUUGCCCUUGCUCAUUCUUCGCCUAUCGUUCUGCGGCUCCAACGUCCUGUCGCACUCCUAUUGUUUGCACCAGGACGUUAUGAACCUGGCCUGCACCAGCACCACGGUCAAUGUCGUCUAUGGCUUGACUGCUAUCCUCUUGGUGAUGGGGCUCGACGCGCUACUGAUUGCCUUGUCCUACUUCAUGAUCAUCAAGGCUGUCUUGCAGCUAUCCUCGAGGAAGGAGCGUGUCAAGGCUUUCAGCACCUGCGUGGCCCACCUCUGUGUGGUCCUGGCCUUCUACGUGCCACUGAUUGGACUGUCCGUGGUGCACAGGUUUGGGAAAGGCCUCGCUCCGCUGGUUCAGGUUGUCAUGGGGGACGUCUACCUCCUGGUGCCGCCCCUGCUGAAUCCCAUUGUCUAUGGGGCGAGGACCAAACAGAUACGCAGACGGAUCCUGAGGUGGAUUCUCCAUCACUGACCAUUUUUAAAUCAAGAUGUGAUGUUUUUCUAAAAGACCUGCUCUGGGAAUAAUUCUGGGGCAGUUCCCUGGCCUGUGCUACACAGGAGGUCAGACUAGAUGAUCACAAUGGUCCCUUCUGGCCUUAGAAUCCAUGAAUCUAUAACUUAAGAUUGAUAACGAAGGAGCCACUCAGAGAUUUGCCUCCACUUUGUCUUCUGUAUCCACCUGUCUUCUCUUGUCUUACACUGAGAUUGGAAGCUCUCUGGAGUGGGGACUAUCGUUUUGUUCUGUGUUUGUACAGCGCCUAGCACAACAGCUGGUCCGUGACUGGGGCUCCCAGGCACUGCUACAACACAAAUAACACAAAUAAUGAUCCUAACCUGAGAGCACACAUUCAUUCUGAAACACUGUGGUGAUGGGAACCAACACAGGGACCUGGAUAGAGAGGUGUGACGUUAUCUGAUUAAAAUAUGACCAUGUAGAUCAUUGUUGCAACCACUGUUAUAUAUUUGCAACAACUCUUGUACAAACUGUGGCAUGUAAGAUGUCUAUGAAA